GUCAAGAUUACCUGAUUACUCUAAAUUUUUGUAUGACCCGUUGUUUGAAAAGGAAAAAAAAGCUUCGGGGAAUUUUGCUGAAGUGCCCUUAUUUUACAUGCUAGCAAGUUCUUCGUUGAGUUGGCAUGAAAAUCUUUAGUGCUUAGUUUUCUGUGCAAUUCAGUUAAGAUUUAGGUACUUACAGUUUAGUUGUCAAAAUGGAAUUUUACCAAAUAAUCAAUUAUUUACCUCCUUACGCGCUUCACGCAGUUUUAUUAGCGACCGUAGUUCUAAGUGCAGUCUUAGUAUUCGUUUUUAGUUUUAGAAAUAUUGGCGAACCACCUUUUAGUGAGAAGAAGUCAGCAAAUAAGAAGAAAAAACAACCUAAAGAAAAGAAAAGUCAAAAUGGUCAUGCAGUCACUGAAAAGCCAGUAGAAAAGCAGACAAAGUCAGACGCCAAGAAAGAAACACCAAAAUCACCGACCAAGAGUGAGAAGAAACAGAAUGAGCCGAAAGAUAAACCUGCAGAGAAGAAAGCUGUGAAGGAGAAGGUGAAUGCCAAAGACAAGAAAACUGAAACUACCAAUUCACCGAAAGAAAAAGCAACCAAGUCUCCAGGCAAAGGCAAAGAAAACGUGGAGGGAAAAAACAAAAGGUUGAUCAGGCUGUUACCUCUCAAGUCCAAAGAAGAGAAUGGCGGAUGGGAGCAAGCGAUAUCUCGUAAAGAACGUCGAGCACGCAAAGCCUUACUUGAAGACCCAAAUGCCAACUACAAUGCCGAUGGAAACGUUACGAAGAUAACGGAGGAAAAAGGAAGCAAGAAGGAUAAGGAAUCAUCCAAAUCUAGUGCGUUAAAAGCAGUCUCGGAUGAAACCAACAACAAAAACAACACCAGCUUGGACAACAAUGUGGUUGCACCAGCACCAUCAAAGAAGAAUGUAGAAGCAAAGAAAAGCCAAUCUUCUUCUGCAGAUGAACCGCCAGUGGGAAGUUCAACUGUCUAUGAUGAGUUUGCAGAGGUUUUCAAGGAGCCAUCAAAAAAAGCAAUCAAGAAACGUGUGCGUAAAGAAUGAUGAAGUAAGAAUCAAUGUUGGAGCCGGCAUUUGAGGAGAAAACCUCACUAAAGACAGCAUCUACAAGAGCUCCGCAAGUGUUUUCAGCUUCUUCCGGUGAGCUGGCUGUUCAUCUCAAUCGUAUUUCUUUUAAUUAGAAUUUUUAAUAGUGAUAAAAAAUGUAUCUACGAUUCUGUUUAAUGUGAUGAUACUUUAUUUUUCAAGUCAUCUAAGACUGUCUUGUUGAUUUUAGUUUUUUGAGGGCAAGGCGAUGGACCACUGUUCUGUGACAACCUAGUGUGAUAUAUUAUCCAACUAGGUAUUUGAACUAACUGAUAUUUGCUAAGUGUAGCUUGGUUUUUCAGUUAGAUUUCGGCAGAUGAUCAUUCUUGAACACAGGAUCCACUGCACGUCGAGGCGAAUCAACUAUUUUUUUUAUUUUACCUCCAGCGUAAUUGUUACAAAACCUCUUCAGAUGUAGUAUACGUAAUUGAACUGAACUCAGUCGAAAGGGACCAACCUAUACCUUUAUCAAACGAAACACAAAACCAAAAUUGAGGUGUUGUUUUUCCAAAAGGAAGGAAACAUACGCUCAUGUUCUUUUUAUGAGAAAAAGUAAAAUUAUCUCUCAUCGAGAUAAAAUUAUCAACCUACCUCAGAAAUUUAACAUCUCUUUUAUUUUUUGAUGUUCCAUCUCAAACCGUAAUUUUCAGAGCAGUGGUCUUCGCUACUUUUACACUCUGUACAGUUGUUUAUAAGCAUAAUUUUAAAAGUUUGCAAAUUUCCCCACUGUUUGUCAGACAAUUAAUAGCCCUAUGUAUCUUUCUACUUUGUGCUAUUGACUUCAUUGAAAGUUUGCUUUUCGUACACAAUUAUGUGUAAUUGGGAAAUUUCCCAGUUCAUACGUUCUUUCUUUUGUUCGCAGUUGUUCCACUUUUUGCAUGGCUACUAACUGCCCCCUUUUUUUUUGUUUUUUGUUUUGGUUCUGCAAUAACGAAGUGUAAUGCAUAGGCUUACUUUUAUUUUUGAUUGGUCAAGCCACUUGAGUGGAUUUUUCUAUUUUCAUUUCAUAGCACCAAACCUGACUAGUCAUUUGCAAGCAUUGGUUCAGAGGCCGCUCAUAAAAUACGUAAUGCUCAAUCUAGGAUUUUUCAACAACUACCGAUAGGUAGUUGUUGAAAAAUCCCCUCCUUAACGCUUUUAUUAUUUACGUCCUGUCCUUAAUCAUGUAAAACAAAUGUUGUUACGCUCUUUUUGACCCCUCCUCCAGAGCGUCACAUAUUUUAUGAACGGCUCCUAAGUUCUGCAGAAACUUUUGCUGAUCUCCAUUGUUUACAUGAGUCUUUUUACUUCCCCUCACUUAAGGACAAAUACGGUGGUAAAAAGGAGUCACAAUUAAGGAGAAAGGUCACAUCCGAAAUGAAGUCUGUUUGAGUGAUCACUCAAUCAACAAUAAAAGUGUGCAUCUCAUCGGUCAACUUUGUAUUUACACUUUUGCGCCAAGAUAUAAGCACCAGGCAAUGUGUAUUGAGAUAUAGAUUGAUAAAGCCUCUUAAAUAACAGCAAACCAGACCAAACAAAAACAAUCGUAUCCUGCCCUUACUGAAUUGCAAGUAUUUACAGCAUCAGUCAGUGGAUGCUAAAUUAUGCAGCUGUAAUAUUUUCUCCCUAAAAUAACCCCAAUUGUUUUUGCAAUCUUUGUUAGUCAUGAAUUGUAUUCUUAUUUUAAUACGGUUAGGGGCUUGCAGUUCUGCUAAUCGUGCCACGUUGCAGAGCACAUUAAGCCCUCAAAAUGUAACACAGUUCGCCUGGUCUACAGAUGGCUCAUUUUAUCCAGCUUCUUUCUUAUUAAUGAGAUUGCGCGGUCUCCUCUCUCACUCAAGAGGUCUCCAUGCCUUCUCUAGUGGUACAAGGUUGUCACAAAUGAUCUUCUCAAAAAAGUGUUGGACUUAUAGAGUUGAUAACUUCCCCAAAAAGAGCAGGUUCAUCAUACCUUUCUGGCAGUGUUACUUUAUUUUUAAUUUUUUUUUCUUUAAUGUAAAGGGUAUCAGUACUAACUAACUAGUCAUAAACUAGAGUGUUUUUAAAACAAUUGCUCAUUAUUUUAAGUCUUGUAAUUAUAUUUUCCUUUGUUUGGUAAUACAAUUUUAUCAGCUGUAUCCUGUGUAAAGUUCAGCUUUUCCCAGGCACAGUAAAAAGAUUCAUGCACGCCUCUAUUAACCUUUGAACAUUAAUGCAUCUGAACCAAGGAAAUCCAAACAAAAUAUUAUUAGACUGGAUCUAUCGGCACUUUAUUACUCAAGAUUUUUUCAUCACCCAUAAUGGACAAAACGGAAGAUCAAAAGUUUCAAAAUAGGUACGAUUAUCUUGCAGACCAGACUUAAUAUUUUUUAAACUUUAUUAAGCUUCUUUUAAUUUUAAACGGGAAACUCAAAUUAUGACGGAAUUUUAUGCAUUUAAGCUGGAGAUUUCUCCAUAUAUAACCCUCUCUGGCCAUUUCUCAGGGCCUUGAUUUUUUUCAGCUAUCCUUUAUCGCUCGUUGGUGUACAGGAAAAAAUGUAAUUACGUUCUUUCCGAAUUGUUUCUGAUUAAAAUGUAAAAUGAAUGUCUCUUGAGCAUUCUGCACUGUACCCAGGAAAUGUUUUCAACUCUCAUUGAUUUUGUAUUUAUCAGACACCUUCAUUUUCUCUCAUCUAAUUAGUAGAGUGGGUAUUUUAUGCCCCCUAGAAGCAGGAAAAAAUAGCUCGUCCUGCAAUGGAUGAUAGGACGGACUGAGUCCUUUCUUCAUUUCCAAAGAUUCGUUCUUAGUAAUAGAUGAUAUAAGCCUGUAACCUACAAUGCAAUGUGGUACACUUGUUUUAACCCUUCACCUUGUUUGGCGAUGAAGUUUUUGUAACAACUUUUGGGAAUGAUAUUAAGACGUCUUCUUCUCCUUUUCCACAACAUUAUACUUUGUUCUUCAGCACUUUUCUUGAAAAAACCAAUGUGUUAGUUACAUCUGCACACCUCACUAAAGUCAUUCUCUUGCGAAUGAAUUCCAUAUCGAAAUUGAGAAGUCCCUCUCUCGUUAUCAAUGAGGAUUUCUGCUCCCGUGUUCAUGUCUCCCAUUUCAAUUCCUCUUUCUUCUGCUCUCAUGCAUGUCUAGUUUUUGUGUGUUUUGAUAUUUUCCUUCAAUGAAUAAACAUUAGAAAAACCACUCUUUAAUUUUGUAAGGUUUAAAAUAUUUCUUGUUUUGCAGAGGCGCAUCAACAAUUAUUCCUCUUUUCUCUCGAUGAGCAGGGUGAUUCAAGAUUAUGGGAAAAAAUUUUAUGAGUUCAUCUUUCGAGUGAAAAUAAGACCUCAGUAUGGCAUAUCCUUUUUUUCCCAAACCUAAACGGAUCCUUUCUCCAGAACCUAUGUAGAUGGAUUCUUUUUUCCAGGCAUUUAGCCCCAAAGUUUGAGAGUAUUUACCCCCGCCCCCCAUCUUUAACCAUGGCAUUCUUUAUGCAUUAAAUUACACUGUUUUCUAAAAGUUUUGCACUUACUGUAAUUUAACAAAUGGGUAAAUUCAAUUUGGAGGUCUCUGGAUAUAUGCAUUCUACACUAACUAAUUUUGGUGAAUCAAAGGUUUGAUACCAUCCCCCUCUCACCGACACACAUACACACAGAAUGAAUUUGCCAUUCCCUUUUUUUAGAUUAAAAAUGAGAAAAGCACUUGAAAUUAUCUUCCAAAUAUCAACUUUCACUUGAUUUCAUUUAUGAAUGUUGUCAAAAUAUUAAAAGAAUGUAUAUUUCCUGAAACUUCAGGUAUCACGUAAAAACCUCCUGCUAUAACCUGUAAGGUAAACCGCUUUAGAUAAAACAUUACACCAGCAAACAAGUCUUAUUUGCCUAGACAGAUUGAAUUCUGAAAUCUUUUUACUUAAUCCUGAAUCAUCCUCCUUAAGCGCAAGUCCUUCAGUUUUUAUUCCUGCACUAUCAUCAUGAAAAUUUUACAGUGCAGGCACUCGUCCUAGGCUAUAUUCACCCCAGUUGAUUGCAGCCUAUUUCCUCUUUUUAAUGAAAUAACAUUUGUUUGGAUAGUUUUUAAGAACAUUGUUUUAUGCUGUACAUGAUUUCACUGUUACGGAAUGUUAAGAGUUUUUAGUGUAUAAUUAUAAAGAAUUCUUUGUUUGUAGAUGCAUAUCAAAAUGUAUUUUAUUAUUUUAAUUUUUUUACUUAGUGAAAAAGAAGGAUUCGAGUGUAUUGCAUCUCCCUUUUCGUAGAGUAUUUGUUAUUGAUUAUAAAUUUUAUGUUUUGUUGAGAAAUUUUAUCACUCACAAAAAUUAUUUGGUUAAGAGCCAAUCUUUGAGACAUAAUUUAUAGUGAAGACAUUUUAAUGAGUGAAUAGCUGCUCCUAAUAUAUAGUUUUUUAGCAGGCCAGUAGAUAGGAUUCCAAUUCAAAUUGUGUCUCUGUUCAAUGUAUGUAUCGCAUCCAUUUUAUUAAAAUUUUACAUCAUCACAACAUUUUUCAUUUUAAGUCAUGAUGUGCUUCUUUACAAAAAUACUCAACGAGCUGAGUGUUGCAAAAUUUUCAAAAUUUAAUUCUCCUCUUUUUCAAAUUCCAAGGUGAUAGUGAAAUCACUUGAGAAUUACAAAUAAAGCAGUGGCGUGGCGUGCUUUGCGAUUUAUCAAUUGAUCUGCCAUUUAAAGGUAUGGAAAAGGAUCAAUGAAUAGGGUGUUCGAUACAAGCACCUUAGUAAUCGAUUUUUUACCAUUGCUUCAAAUGGAAACAUAUCCAUAAUCAAUCAUUCACGCCUCGCCACUGAAAUUAAGCUAUCAUGAACGUAACAACGCAACCCAAUGUAAAAUAAUGCCUCAUAUAUUCAAAUGAACAGGUUUAAGCAGAAUCAGCCAAGUUCUAUCAAUAUGUUCGUUAAUCUACUAUGAGUUAACGCAAUAGAAGAAAUAGAAAUGUCUGAAGGUUAACCCUUUUUUUUAUAUAUCAGUCAUUUCUUUAAUUCGAAGGAGUUACUUCUCCAACUUAUUCAGAUGGGUAUUUUUUAUCGUACUAAAUUUAGAGCAAGGAAAAAAAUGUCUCCAAAAUUUUAUCUCAUCUAUUGGCCAAUUGUUUCAAAGGUGUGCUUCAACAAAAUAUUUAAACUCUCAGAACGAAGGCAAAUUUUAAAGUCUUAAUUGAAUAUUUUUUCAAAAAUUAUAGCUAAAACUUUUGUGCUUUCCUUUCCCGAUUCCCCUGCUUUGAGAAAUUGUUUUGAAGUAAAAUUUAGUUUUCUCAUUCCUUGUUGGAUAUUCUUAGGUUCCAGAGAAAGGGGAAGACGAAGCAAGGAGAGAGUCAUUCGACAAUAUUCUGUCAAGAGUUUCAAAAUCGAGGCUCUUACCGUAGGAGCACUACUCCUUGUUGUGAAAUAUUACUUCUCUGUGAUUUUGUUUUAUAUCAUUUAGUCUAUUUUUGCUAAACUGUUGAAAAUACCUAGAUAAAAUCGAUUGUAAAAGAAUUAGUGUAUAAUACUUAUACUUUUCUCUCUCUAAAAAGUAAAUCUGUAAUACACACAUUUCUCUGAUGUAAUGUAGUGCUGAAAUGUGGAGAGAUCGUAGAUUUUGAAUGUUUAUCUUGGAGGCUCAGACACUGAAAACAAGAGUGGACAUAUCCAAGACCUCUUGCGUUAUUUUUCACUCUUCAUGUUAAAUUGUGAUCCAUUCUAGAUAAAUACUUAACCCCUAACUUUUUAGGUAGAGUUUCUAUGCUUUCAAGCUUGAAGUUUUCCGUUUUUCUUCCUCUUUUUGGAGAGAAUUUCAGCCUCUCAUGUAAUGAAGACACAAAAAGUACGCAGGUACAGAAUUCCCUCUUCAGUUACCUUAUUUUAAAUUGCAAAUUGUUCAACACAAAAAUCUACAGAUUGAUGUUCAUUUCUUAAUAUUGCCUGAGAAAUUGAAUAAGAUUCUCCACUGCGCCCACGAUCAAAAGAUGGGUAUCAGUUUUUUAUUCACA